CAAUCCUUUGCAGUGAUAAGCUAGUGAUAAGCCUUCCGCUCGUUGCGUGGUAUCCGGGGGAACGGAACACCUGCUUUUGUUUAUUCUGUUAUCGAUUCUGUCCUUAUGUAACCGAAAGCUGGUUUGGCGACAGCAGAACUAUCACAUGGUCGGUUUAGGACGAACUCUGCUGUCCCCGUUGAGCAUCAUGAUUCCCGGUAUCUAUAAGCACGCACGCUGUCGGAACAACAUUUACCCGGGCAGUGAUGUACGGCGCUAUCCGGUGCCGGAUGAAGAAGUGUGCUGGUCAGUGCCAUAUCCGGACUACCAACCGUCACUGUACGAAGCACCCGCGCUCAAGGGCAAGGAAUGGGCCGAUCUCCCGGUUGAGCAUCCCAAUUUUACGGCCAAAUGGAACCAGCUGGACGGAUCGGUGAAUCGGGCUAGUUUUAUCGGUGAGUACGAAAUAAACGACGGCUACCCGCUGAAUCCGUUCGGACGAACUGGGCUGCGAGGAAGGGGUCUGCUGGGACGUUGGGGACCGAACCAUGCGGCCGAUCCCGUUGUGACCAGGUGGAAAACGGAUUCGCAAGGUCAACGGGUAGUGCACGAGGUGACAGGUUUGCCGUUGCUUCAAAUGUGUGCCAUCGAGCGGCACGACUGUGGUGAAUGGGCCAUCCCCGGGGGGAUGGUGGAUCCGGGCGAGGUGGUUAGUACCACACUGAAGCGGGAAUUUCUAGAGGAAGCGAUGGCUAGUACCAGUGAAACUGGUGAGGUUGAGAAGUUCUUCGCUACGGGGACGGAAGUUUACAAGGGGUAUGUUGACGAUCCGAGAAAUACGGAUAAUGCUUGGAUGGAAACGGUGGCGGUGAAUUUUCACGAUGAGCUGGGAACGGUUGUGGCUGGGUUUAACCUGCACGCUGGCGACGAUGCAGCCAAGGUGAAAUGGAUGGAUGUCAAUGGGGAAGUUAAGCUCUAUGCUAGCCAUGCUAGCAUCGUUCGGAAGGUGGUUGACAUGCUGGACGGUCACUGGUAAGUGAUUCGCAACUAAUUUAUUUCUUGAUUGUUUAUUGAGUAAAAUAAUAACAUGUAGUACAGU